CUUAUUAAAUAGUUGCACAUGAUUUUUUGCUUGCUCGCUAGAUGGAAGAUUGCUAUACACCUGUGCCGCUGCCAAAAUUGACAAUUUUGAAGGACUCUGAACUUUGUGAUAAACAGAGCAGUCAAAAGAAACAGAAACUCACUGGAACCAAGUCAUGUCCGCGGGUGCCCUCGAAGGGAACCACAUUCGUCAAGAGUCGUCUUAUGCUCUUCACAAACAAAUCUCUCACCCCCCAGAGAAGACUGAUGGGGGGCACCGGUAGUGUUAACAGUCCCUAUGAGUCAUCGCCCAGAAAGCUAUUGGUUCAAGGGGAGAUAUGUGGAAAGGAAAGUGCGCCUCUGAUUUCACCUAUUAAGAACGGGAAAUGUUCGGACGAGGCUCAGAAUCGAAGUGUUCAGAGGAACAGGACGGUCUCUUUUUGCAAGCGAAGAGCCUCGAACAGCACCUGCAGCCUCGACAGCACGAGAAGCAGCUGUGACCUUGAGAACAGUUUUGAACAGCAGCAGCAAGUGGACCACUCCCUCUCAAACAGAAAGGACUUGUUAUCAUCUUCUCUCAUUCAGUCUCCUUCUCCGUGUAGAACAAAUGAAACCACUUAUGUGAACAGUAGAUUCGAAGUGCUGUCCAAACUCGGAUCCGGAUCAUUCGGGGAAGUUUUCAAAGUGCGUGACCGUUCGAGUCAGAGAUUGUUUGCACUGAAGAAGUCCAGAGAGAGAUUCAGAGGCAAACUGGACAGGCAGAGGAAGCUACAGGAGGUGCUCAAGUUGGAACAGACAGGAGAACACACGCACUGUGUCAAGUUUGUUCAUGCUUGGGAGGAGAGCAACUUCCUAUUUAUACAGACUGAGUUGUGCUCCACAACACUGUUGGCGCUGACAGCUGAAGGGGAGAGUGGCUGUAUAACAGAAGGCGAGUCAUGGCUGGUGUUGAUAGAUAUGCUCCAUGCACUCACGCACCUCGCGACUCACAAACUCAUCCAUCUUGACAUCAAACCAGACAACAUAUUUGUGACAUUCUCAGAAGAAACGAGAGGAGAGGUUGUGCCACCUGUUUAUAAACUGGGAGACUUCGGACUGAUGAUCAAUUACGAAAAAGACGCAAUGAGUGAUGCGCAAGAGGGCGACUCAAGGUACCUGGCAUUGGAAGUGUUGUCAGAAGUGUUCACACCUGCAGCCGACAUGUUCAGUCUGGGCGCCACUCUUCUAGACUGUGUGACAUCAAUUGAAAUGCCCAAGUCAGGCACGUGGUGGCAACUCCUUCGGGAUGGGCUUUCCCACAACCUACCCGAACAGUUCUCAAAACAAAUGAGUGGUGAGCUGUUGCAAGUAUUGAAUGUGAUGAUGAACAAGGAGUACAGACAGAGGCCAUCAGCAGAACAGCUACUCAAUCACCCUCUGCUCCACUCGAGAGAUAGACAGAGACAGCAGAGUCUCAAGCUAAUACACUUCGAUUUUGAAGUUUCGCCCAUGAAGAGACUUAAAUUGGACCAGAUGGGCUCUGAGCAGACUGUUGAGAGGAUAGGGCCAGAACAGGAACUGGACUUCAAUCGCGACAGGAUAGACAUCACAGGCAAUCGGAUAUCCUGUCUUAGACACGUGGACAAACACCACUCAGCGAACUUAUCUGGUCAUUUUCUGGAACACACCACGACGAAUAAGAAGAAGCACAGUGAGCACCAGUCGCCCUCCCCUCCCGAAAGGGAAGAAAAAGAGGAAUACGACAGCAGCUUAGCGGCCACUCUCACUGCACAAACAUCUUUGCCAGCUGCAAACACAGUGUCGUCUCAGUUAGUUCAUCCAGUUUCUAUGUCUGAAAGAGACAUCAUUUGGGACAGUACUAGUGAUGUGACAACUCCUCACACUUCGCCUAGAGACCACUCCUUGUCCACCAGUAUUUCUCCCGACGGAUUCUUUACUCCUUCCAACUUCGAUUUGACUUUCUGCAAUGACAAAUUCUACACUGCAAUCGUCCCCUCCCGACUUCGGAUGAUAAGUGACAGUAGUCAUAGCCACGGGUGGUCGGAGUGGCUCAGUGAUUCAGAGGCAGAAAAUGUAGAGGAAGAGUUAGCUGUCUAUGACAAUUUGAAGCACUCAUUGUCGUUUAGUAGUGAUACAGGAGACCGUGAAACCGAAAGAAGUGUGAGCAAUUCUUCAAACUGUGUGAAGGAAUCGUUACUAACAAAUGGUGCAGAUAACAGGAAAUACAAAAAUGAUGACUUGGAAACGCCCCCUUUUGAACUUGGAAGGAAGGCGUUCUCCUCGUCUAGUAAGAAGAGACAUGCGGUCGAAAUGUCUUCAGAAUCUCCUUAUCCGUCUGAAGCUAGGAGUAAUUUCAACUUCUGUAAUGUGGAAGGGGGAAAAGGAGCAAAACAGACUGGUGGGGUGACGCCCUUGUCUCUGUUUGGUGACUCAAAUAAUUGGAGUUCUGAAUAUGACGAUUUGUUUUGAUGUCUUGACUUCAUUGACUUGAUAUCCCUCGCAAUAGAUGAUUUUGACCUCAGACGUGGUUGCAGAUAAAGAUGAUGAUGACUAUAAUGAUGUAGAUUGUUUCAAAAACCACUGAAGUUGACGUGCAAUUAAAAGAGCAAUCGGUCCUAAUUGAUAACCCUUCGGAAUGAAAAAUGUCUGAUGCUAAUAUAUUGAUUUGCUCAAAACUCAUUUUGAGAUGUGAUUUUAUUGGAAGCUUAAGCUAUGAAAUUGAGAAGUAGUUUUAGUGAUUGCUAGAAAUGAUAUUUAUUUAUUGUUUAACUUAACUAUUUUGCAACUAUGGACUUUGUUUUUGAUAUUAUUCAUUGAUGCGCAUUUUUUUGAAACUAACAAGGCAAAUAAAA